AUGGCUAUUCAGUCUAGCGAGAUGAGAUACCGUAAUACGAACUUUAAACGGUGUAGAUGCAAUACAUGUGUAAAACUUCAUUUGACAAAGGAUAGGUCAUGUUAUGAGAUAUACGAGUUUGUUGAGGCACAUAAUCAUGCGUUAUUCAAUACUAAUGAUAGACGUUUCUCAAGAAAAAAUAGACAGAUGAAGUCUAUGAAUUUCAAAAAUGUUCUAAAUAGCUCGAGUUACAAAGUCAGUGCGAUAAGGGCUCGCUGUAUACAAACGACAUUGAAUGGUGGAUUUGAGCACAAUCGAUGUUCUGAGAUCGACUUUAAGAAUUUUAAGAGAGAUGAAGUUGCCUGUGUUGGGAAAAAGGACGCGAAGAUGUUGAUCAAUAAAUUAUCCAAUAGGCGAGAUAUUGUGUACGGUUAUUUUUUCGAGUACAAGUGCAAUGAUCAGAAGUUGAGUGCCAUUUUCUGGGCAGAUGAGGUAGCUAGAAUUAACAACAAAGAGUUUGGUGAUGUAAUUUCGUUCGAUGGGACGUUUCGCACCAACAACCAUGUGAUGAUUUUUGUUCCUUUUUUGGUGGUUGACAAUCACAAAGCUUCCGUUGUUGUCGGAUCCGCGUUAAUAAGUGGUGAGACGAUUGAAAACUUUACAUGGGUUCUAAGAGCUUUUCUAAAAUGCCAUGAGAAGCAACCAGUUUCUGUGAUUACGGAUCAAUGUUCGGCAAUGAAGCAAGCUAUUCCGUUGGUGUUUACGGAAGCCAAACACCGACUAUGUAUGUGGCACAUCAUGAAGAAAGUGCCUUCUAAAGUUAGUGUCGCCCUAAAUCAAGAUCCUGUGUUCAAUAAAGUUAUUAACAAGCUCGUAUGGAACAUACAUGUUGGCCCAUCGGAAUUUGAGACCAAGUGGCAAGAGAUGAUCGAGCAAUACAAUUUAGGUGGUGAUCCGUGGUUCGUAGAAAUGUAUGACAUCGGUGCAUCAUGGAUUCCGACAUUUUAUAAGGACACACCUAUGUCUGGUCUUAUGAAAACAACAUCAAGAUCUGAGAGUUCGAAUUCGUAUAUUAAUAUAUACAAAUCAUAUUGGUUUGAUUUGGUUCAAUUUCUUAAUAAUUAUGACAUUGCUAUAGAGAAACAAAGAUACAAACAAGCUGUGCAUGAAACAAUAACGAGGACCAUUUAUCCAAAGUUGUUUACCCCUUUGCGUUUAGAAAGUCACGCAUCAGGUAUAUACAGUCGAAAUGUGUUCUUUGACAUCCAAAAGGAAAUAAAGAAGGCCGUUUGGUGCUGUGGUAUAGGGACGGUCGAAUGUCAGGGUGAUUUCAAGACGUUCAUCAUAACCCACAAGAACAAGAAAUCAUCUGGCAACACAACGUAUCUGGUAUCCCGUAAUUACCCAGGCAACACGGUUGAAUGUGAGUGCAAUCUAUUCACGCGUAACGGGUAUUUGUGUCAUCAUGCAUUUAAGGUUCUAAUAAACGAUGAAGUUGAUAGUAUUCCGAACCAAUAUGUUUUACGUCGAUGGAAACAAAAAUUAGUUCCGGUCCAGAUACAAUCCGCCAGAGUUCAAUAUAGUGAGGUGGAUACGGAGAAGGAUAAGUGUAUAAUUGAUGUCUACUCCAAAGUCGACGACAUAAUAAGUAUCGCCCGGAAUGAUAAAUCUAUAUUGUGUAGAUUGGAACAGACUCUCAACAAAUUCAUGGUUGAUAUCAAAGAAGAAGUACCAUAUGAAGACCCAUCCAAACAAAAGUUGGAUGCGAUUAGAGAUCACCUUGGUGUUUCCAUACAAGGUGACGUGGACAUUCUACCACCAUCUAGAAUAAGAAACAAGGGUUGUGGUACUGGUAAAAGGUUGGUUCUUGGAUUACUGAGUAUGAUUUGGAAGUUCAAGAUUUUGUUUUUGGAGGAUCUCGAGAAUAAAACUGUUGUUUUUGUUUUUCAAGUUUUUGAUUUGUUCGAAAAAUUAUUGCAAAAGUUGAUUGUGGCUGACAGUAACUUGAUUGCUAUAUCAGUUGAUGGAAAUAAAGUUUUAGGAUUUGUCUGUUGUUCAUCAACAUGGGAUAUUUUGCAAGGCAGUGUGCUAAAACUCUUGCCUGAUAUGUCAAAAUGA